GGCCCAUCUGGAAGGGUUAUCGAUAAUAUUUUGAUUUAUUUUGAUUAUUUUCUGCCCCUUUUUGUUCGUUUGGUUAAAGAAAAGGUUAUCAGCUUUUUCACCGAGUUGGAAGACGGAGGCGGUUACAGAUUACAGCUGUUAAGAAGAUUUACCCAUUCCUGACAUGUUUACAGACAGCAUGGACUACGAGCUGGAGGAAGAUAAACUGGGGAUCCCCACUGUUCCCGGCACAGUGACCCUGAAAAAAGAUGCGCAGAACCUGAUUGGGAUCAGUAUAGGAGGAGGUGCACAGUAUUGUCCUUGCCUUUACAUAGUACAGGUCUUUGACAACACGCCAGCUGCACUGGACGGUACUCUUGCAGCAGGAGAUGAGAUCACGGGUGUAAAUGGAAAACCAGUAAAGGGGAAAACCAAAGUGGAGGUGGCCAAGAUGAUCCAAGCUGUGCAGGGUGAAGCUGUGAUUCACUAUAAUAAACUACAGGCUGACCCGAAGCAGGGCAAGUCCCUGGACAUAGUGCUGAAAAAGGUGAAGCAUCGUCUGGUGGAGAACCUGAGCUCAGGAACAGCAGACGCUCUCGGACUCAGCAGAGCCAUUCUCUGCAAUGAUGGACUUGUGAAGAAACUGGAAGAACUGGAGAAAACGUCAGAACUGUACAAAGGAUUGAUGGAGCAUAGUAAGAGGCUGCUCAGAGCUUUCUUCGAACUCUCACAGACUCACAGAGCCUUUGGGGACGUGUUUUCUGUUAUUGGAGUCAGAGAACCGCAGGCUGCAGCAAGUGAGGCCUUUGUGAAGUUUGCAGAAGCUCAUCGCAACAUCGAGAAAUAUGGCAUUCAGCUCCUCAAAACCAUUAAACCUAUGUUGCAUGAUUUGAACACCUAUCUUCAUAAAGCCAUUCCUGACACCAGACUGACCAUCCGCAAGUACCUAGACGUCAAGUUUGAGUACCUGUCUUACUGUCUGAAGGUGAAGGAGAUGGAUGACGAGGAGUACAGCUGCAUUGCACUGGGUGAGCCUCUGUACCGCGUGAGCACAGGGAACUACGAGUACCGACUGAUCUUGCGCUGUCGGCAGGAGGCUCGCUCUCGGUUCGCGAAGAUGCGCAAAGACGUCCUGGAGAAGAUCGAGCUGCUGGAUCAGAAGCAUGUUCAGGACAUCGUUUUUCAGCUGCAGAGGUUUGUGUCUGGGAUGUCUCGCUACUAUGACGAGUGCUACGCUGUGCUGAAGGAGGCGGACGUGUUCCCCAUUGAGGUGGACCUGUCUCGCACCACGAUCAACUACAGCAGCCAGAGCCAGUCGUACGAGGAUGAGGAGGAGGAGGAGGAUGACGGAGAAAGGGGAGAGGGAGGCGGCUCCAAAGAUCAGGCAGAGAAUGGGGCGGAGAAGCUGAUAGAUGAUGAAUGAGUAAAUGAACAUGAUGGUAGAAGUAAAUGGAGUAGAGAGACCAAUUGAAUGAGUGAAUGAGUCUGUGAGGGUGGAGGUAAGCAAAGUGUGCCUCAGAGUGAAGAAAUGCAGUUAAUGAAUGGACCACUGGGGGUGUGACAUUGUUUGGUUUUUGGCAUAAUCGUCAAAUCAGGAGCUCUAUGCUGGAUUUCUCUGUGGGGAAAAAUGAAUGGGAUUUUUGAAAUAGCGUCUAUCUCAUGCUUUAGUAAAUACUUUUGAUCCAAACCCUAUACAUUUGGUCUUCUUCCCAGAUUUCUCUGUCGUUCAAAUUUUGAGCUUCUUAAUGAGUCAAAAUUUCAUUUUUCCUACAUUUGAGCUUAGAAUCAGGUUGGCAAAUCCAAACUAAUCACACAGCUUUGCCUAAUUAAUUUCAUUAAGUGUGUCUGGCAGCAGUAGGGUACAGUUUGAGAAGCUGGUGUUACUAAAUGAGUUGUCAUCGAUGUAGGUUUUAAAGUCAGCUGCUGUACCUUAACGUUUCAGUGCUCAGGCUUAAAUGAAGUAUUAUUUACAUUUCAACUUAAUUAUGAGUUUGAGGUAUGCAAUAUUACAAUAUUUGGUUUAUUGUGAAAAGUUUUGUUACAGUAAUGUGCAGUAUGCUGUUAUAAGUAUAUAAUGAAUAUAUAUCAUCAUUGCUUUAAGAACGCUGACAACUGCAUGCUUCAUUAAAGAAAGUGUAAUUAUUCCUGUUUAAAUUGAAAAAAAAAUGACUAGCAAGCAGGGCUGUAAGAUAAAAUGUAUUUUUAUCAGUACCAAGGUAAACAAAACAAGUGUUGCAAUAACAUUAAAUAACAGCAAAAUCAAAAUAAAAAAUCAAAAUCAUGGGCAGCAACAUAUAAGGCAUUUCACACCGCAGACUGUGAUCAUUUUACAUUACAAGGCUGGAGGUAGAGCGAGGUAGCGCAUCGCAGAGUGAGGUAGAGGUCCACAGUGAAAGCUUUAAGUUGACAUCAGAAUAUCACAUUUUUCCAUACAUUUCGUAGCAAGUUUUGACAAGUAUUAAAAUAGCAGUUGUAAAUAUUGCUAUAUCAUGAAAAUAUCUAUAAAAAAAAUGUUAUAUAAUGUUUUACCAUAACACUCACCCCUAUUACAACCUCCUGAUUCAAAAGAUCCAAAGAUAUUUAGUGUAAAUAUACACUUUAUUAAACGUUUUGGGUUUGAUAUGUGUGUUUACAACAGAGUAAGAUAGAGAAGAGUUUAUAAAACCCUGAAUUUUUCCUGUCAAAGAGAAAUCCAGCAUAGACAUGGAGCUUUUCAUAUUAUAUAUUUGUCUUCAGAAUCAACAAAACUCACUCCGUCCUUAAAAGAAACGUUGCAUAUGGAACCUGUAUCACCAGAAUGGUAACUGCACAGGAGAAAACAUUCAUUAUUUUACUUCUGUUGGUCCAUUUGUCAUUGAAAAUAUCCAACAUUCAAUUACAGUUUCCUGAUCAAGAAGUUACAGGUGAAAUAACUGAAUAUUAUUAGUGAUCUCUGACCCCAAAUUCAGUCAGUGAGACGAGAUAUGCUUGGUAUCUGUGUGUGUGUGUGCUUCUUUAGUUUAUAUCUUUGGAAGAUGCCAGGCUAAUAUUGCUAACAGACUCUAGACUUCAACUGUCACAAACCUCAUCCCACUUCCAAAAUCUUUGUUUCUUAUUCAGUCUCUCAAAACUCUUAACUUUGCUAAGUGGGUGUGGUUAAAAGCAUGGUGGGACUUGUUCUAGUCUAUAUACACAAACCUUUCCACGUACUUAACACUGGAGAAACCGGAACCACUUUCACCUCAGCACAGUGUUUGUGUGUGUGUGUUUAUAUAUAACUCCGCCCACUGCUCUCCAGUCUCAGUGUAGAAUAGCACUACAGAGUGUUUCCAGUUUUAGCUGAUAUGUUAAAAGAAGGUCUGCCCAUGCUGUUUUAAUUCUGCGUGUUUGCAUAGCUUCCAAUAGAUGUUUAAAGCAAAGAAUUGGAGAAGAAUUGAUUUUGUGUGCAUGUUUAUAAAAAUGUGAUUGUACCAUUUGAAGUCAUUUAAGUUGUUUUCAGUAGUAUUAGCCUCACAUCUGCCUUGUAAACUAAAGAAGUACACUUCAGACGGAGAGCAUGCCUUCUUCUAGGGGCUCAUGUACUAGCUGUUGUAUGUACAAAAACAUUGCAUAGGCCACAUUUUAGGGUCAGGUAUACUAAAUGUCACUUGAACAUGAGAAUGUGUGUCCCCCUAAUGCCAGUUUUAUUUUGUACAUAUGUUUCUAAUGUGCUUUAGCAACAAUUGGAGGCGAUUUAUUGAAAUUGGUACGUUUUCAGCUCUGAAAGUCAGUCUUAGUACAUGAUGCCCCUGAUCACCUGGUUCUUUUUUUUUUAAGAACUGUUUCUUAAAAUCAUUUCAUGCACAAAUUCACUGGGUUACUGAUUAAUGUUUAUUAUUAAGAACAUUUGAAAAUAUGUGAUAUUUCUGACUGAACACUGGAUGAUUUCAUGUGGUUUUUGGUGCCUUUAGCCUGAGCUUUCCUUGCAUUACACACUGGACCAGACAUUUUGUGUUACAUUUUUUGUUCUAUUUUUGUUACAUUUUUCACAGCCCUGAUUUGCACGAUUAUCUAAAAUUAAGGUUAGCAAAAAUGGACAGAUUUGUCCAUUGUUUAGUGAUCUAAUGUUAAGGCACUGCAUCAAGUACAUAGUCCUCAAUGGACCAGACCAAUGGCUUUACAUUUUAUGAAACACUUCCUGUUUUAAUAAGCUUGUGUUCUGUUUUCACUGGAAUGUUUUUUUUUCCCUUCUUCUCUGGAACUGAAAUGUUCUUGUUCCGUUUCUUUGUGGUUCCUCUGUUCAGUGUGGAGGAGUGGCUGUGUCCAGCCAGCUUGCACUAUCUGAUUGCUGGACAGGUUCUGUUCUGCCGAGUACAUUUCCAAAAUGUUUCCCAGUCAGCGUGUUCAUGUGGGGCUCACAUGGGUGGAAUUUGGGCUGGGUGGGUUCCAGGUGGGUAUGGGCUCUGAGUGUCUUUAAAUAGAUGGUGUUAUCAAAUGUUCUCAAUCAUUAAAGCCCAACUUAGUCCCAAAUGGGUCUCAUCUAGGCGUCAUGCGCAGUGCACAGCCCAGAUGACACCAUGUUUAACCCUCCUGAUGAUGCCCCAUCACUGAUAUCCGUUUGUUGAGCCAACGGAUCUAAGUUUCUGGUUCCCUGUUGUGCUACCCAUACAGGCCCCACAAGAGCAUGUUUUUUGGGUUACCACUUAAAAUGUUUAAAUUCUGUAGGAAAGGGUUGCAUUUGUAAACGCUAUUGUUAGGUUUAAAUUGAAUGCUGUUUAUUUAUCUACAAUCUACGUUUAUUUAUUUAUAUGAUGUUUUAUGCUUUUUGAAGAGGACCUGAAAAGGCUGAAGGGUUACAAAAGCAUUCCUAUACUGUGCUUAUCUGUUUUAUUGAUUUGUUGGCUGAGAAUGAUUUUAGCUAGAAUUUUAAACUCAACCAGUCAGUAAACAUUGCGUUUAAAACUUUUGUCUACAUUUGCUAGCUAGUAUUUCUGUCUUUGGCCUUUUUUUGUUGUUGUUUUUCAGUUUUGGGUGCUUUGGGAUGAAAUGAAAUGUGUGUGGUUGAGCCUUUAUAUUUUCUGUGUGACUGUCACCAAAUGUUAUCAGCAAAAUGGGAGAAAUGUACAGAUGAUUUAUUCAGAAAAUAUGAAAUUAAAGUAUUUGUUGCAAUGAA